CACAUGAUGAGGAGCUUCGCCUUGAGCACAGCUUUGUUUCUCUCCAGCCUCAGCUGGAUCUCUGUUUCAGGUUCUGAGUUUCAGACUGUGGAGGUCCAGCUUGAUGAAGAAGUCACGUUGAAGUGCUCCAACAUUUCGAGUCAUCCAACACAGACAGACUGGUUCAAAGUUAUCAACAGAACUAAGCCCAGCUGUAUUGCUGCUAUGUAUGGAUCUCAGGGCAAAGCUUCAUUCUGUGAUGGAUUUCGAAAUGGAAAAUUCAAUAUGAGUUCCAACAACACCUCUGUGUUUCUUAAAAUCACAGAAGUGGAUUUAUCUGAUGUCGGGCUGUAUUUCUGUGGAUUUUAUGUGAAUAAGCAUACGGUCAUUUCCAAUGCAGUCGAGUUAAGAAUUCAAGGCGGUGAAACCAAUGAAGAAGAGGAUUUUAAGGCUGAAAAAGAGUCUGGUAGUACACACGUGAUGAGCAUCAUCCUGAGUGGUGUGACUGGUUUGCUCACUGUGGUGGUCAUUUUUCUGGUUCUAAAAAUCUGGAAACUUCAAACAGAACCUAAACCAGAGAGCAACAAGAAUGUGAGCUCAGAAAAUCUGAAGUACACAAUGAUGAAUAUCCUGACGAAGGUAAAAAGAAGCUGCGGGUCUGUGGCACAGACAGAGCUGGAGACACAUGUUGUGUAUGCUGCUGCCAGAUAGACUGAAUAAGUGGAGCUCAUGCUUUAUGAUAAUAACCUGCUGAUGUAGUUUUGUGUAUGUUUUGUGGAUGACAUGGCAAAAACUGGCUGGCAAAAAAUAAAAAUAAUAAAAUUUG